AUGAAUUACUGGCCCUACGUUAUUGACGAAAGAACGAAAAUUAACUUAGCAAAAGAUGAAUCACAGAAAGGUUCAACUGAAGGCGAUGAAGAAGUCUCGAAUUUAAAAACUGCUGAAGAAAAACAUUGGUGGAAAAUGAAAUUGAACAGGGAAAAUUUUCUAAAAAAAUUGAAGGAGAAGAGAGAUCGUGAAAGAAUUCGAACGAAAAAAUCAAUGGAAGAUAUGGGUUAUUACUUUUAUUAAUGUUUAUACACGAUAAAAAUUGAAAAAAAAAAGUAACUAAGGAUAUUUUAAUAAUGAGUCUACCUGUUGGGAUGCUUGUGGGGAUAUGAAAGGCUUUAAUGAGAGUUUCGAAUCGAGUUGGUGUAUGGUUUAUACCGUCAUGACCUAUAUGCGAG